AUGUCUUCAACCUACGAGUACCGCUACUCGCAAGAGAUUUCGCAGAUGGUGAGUUCAGCGACGCACUAGCGAGCAAAGUCAUCUCGAAUCAAAAACAAGCCCUUGCUCGAGCUGCAAGCUGCAAGCUGCAAGCUGCAUGAUCCGACAUUCCGACUGAUCCUAGCUGCCGCUCUCUGUGACAGAUGUUCGUAUUUGCCGAUCUUUCUGAUCCGCAUCCAGACGUCGUCAAGUUGGUGGAGGACAUCGUGCGAAGUCAGGUGCUGGAGCUGAUCAUCCAAUCCAGAGCACUAUCUCAACGAAGAGGAUCGCGCUUUGUGAAUGCGGAGGAUCUCAUCUUCUUGAUCAGAGAUGAUCGAGCCAAGGUGAACAGGCUCAAGACCUACUUGAGCUGGAAGGACGUGAGGAAGAAUGCAAAGGAUUCGGAAGGUGGUGAUGCUGCUGCUGCGGGACCUGAAGAGGAAGGGGCGGAUGCUGUACCCAAGACGAGAGCGAAAAAGAUCCGUCUACCUUGGGAGAUCAGCACCGUCUUCACGGAGCAUCUGGUCAAUAAUGCUGCGGAGGAAGACGAAGAGGAUGAGGAGGACGUCGAGGCGCUCGAGGAGAGCUUGCAGAGAUUAAAGGUGAGUGGGCUCGACUCUGAGCUAGACCUGCUUGGCGAAAGUCUCGUACAAACCAUCAUCUCAAGACUGACUUUUUCGCUUUGCCCUUCCUGGUAGGAUGCUGACGAGGCGACGCGCAAGAUGACUCGUGACGAGUACGUGCACUAUUCAGAGUGUCGUCAAGCCUCCUUCACCUUCCGCAAGGGUGAGUCUACUACGUCGUAGAGAGCAUUUUGUCUCGACCAAAUAUUGACUUUGACUAGAUCCCCGUCCAAAGCCAAGAAAUUCAGAGAAUUCAUCAACGCAGGAGCUUACCUAGAUGGCAAGCCGAAUGACGACAUGAUCGACAUUCUUGGAUUCUUGGCUUUCGAAGUAGUGCGGGAGUUGUGCGAAGGAGCGUUGAAGAUCAAGCAACAGAUCGAAGAACAGACUGAAGAGAAGAAGCGAGGGUUGGGGCGAGAGAAGCGUCUUCGCAGUGGGAAUGCGCAGGCAAGAGCCGGGCCAAGCGAAAGAAGCAGCAGACUCGUCGAUGGCAAGGAUGGCGCGAGCGAGAACAUUGGAGACGCGGAAGCUCGACAAGGCGUCAUCGGAACAAGCGCCGAUCGAUCGUCCUCCACAAGUCCCCAUAAGCGCAAGAUGAUAGAGUCCAGCUCGGAUCCUACGGGACUCAACGGUCCCACUGUAGGUGUCGCUUUCCCUCCCAACAAGAGGCGCGCGCAUUUGAGCGGAAUGACUACAUCGGCUUCGACGCCUGCACUCAAUCUGCACGAGAACAUCGGUAGAGCGUCGUCGCCUCAAGCUCCUCAAGCCAUGCGUGCUUCUCCAAGCCGAGCAGACCACGACGAAUCCUGCACGCUCUUCACCAUGCCCCCCAUCAAAACUUCAGGACUGGACCUCAGCCACAUCCAAGAGGCCUUUGCUCGUCUGCAGAGGAAAAGGCCUGCCUUGGGCGUUGGUGGCGGCGGGAUAUCCGGUGGUUUGCGCCGAACCAAGUACAGAAUCAUCUGA